CCCUGUAAACGCGAAAAGUCACGUGGUACAGCUUCCCCCUUGUAAGCACGGAGGUUCGCUCCUUCCGUCUGGCAUCGUGUUGUCGUCGACAGACGACGCCCGCCAUUCGUUGCUGAUGAGCCGCAUCCGCUGCUUGUGGCGCCCUCUAGCCUUAGUGACGUGCAGGAAAUCCGUAAGUCUUAAGAUGUGUUUUUUUGAAAUAGUUUUUGUAGAGAAGGAAGUGAAUUGUUUGCCACGUGAUGAGAUAAGAUCUCAACCCACUGAGCGCGAUCUCAUCAGAUUCAAGCGCCAUCUUGGUGUCGUGGAGCAGUGAGCGCCCUCUGGUGGCAGCCACCCACAGUGUCACCCGAGUGUCACACACAGACACACACACACUCACGCUCUCAUACUCACGAUGACAAGACAGAGGCUACGUCACGUGACCUACCUGUGGCUGCUGGCCAGGCUGCUCUGCGUUCAGUGUGACGUCACGACAGGUUACCUGGAGACACGACUGGUUGACCAAGUCACCUGCACUUAUCACAAUGAGUCGCUGAUUGUUCUGAAGCUGCAAGACACAGCGACUGGCACCACGGUCUGGUACAACACACACUCACACGCCUGCGGCAGCAACUUCUCUUUCUCCGGGUGUUCACCUUCGUCUGACUACGUCAGUGUCAAGGCCGUCAUCACUGACCUCCAGUCCCACCCACGAGGUACCCGAGUCCUGACAUGUCAGGCUGUGCUUCUGCAAGGCCAGGGUGUCGUGACUAAACACUUGGGCAGUGUCACAGUCACACGACAGGAUGCAACAUCCACUGGGCCUGACACCACCCUGACAUCCGGUACCCAGACUCUGACCACGGGUAGCGCCGUCACUGCAGGUCCUGUUGAUGAGACAAAUACAUCUGGCACAUCAGGCAGGUCCAGCAGCGCUGAUCAAAGAUUCUCUGACACGCCUGACACACCUGACACACCAGGUGAUACUACUGGUAGUCAAGGACAACAUGACACACCUGACACACGUGACACACCAGGUGAUGCUACUGGUAGUCAAGGACAACACGACACGCCUGACACGUCACCACUGACGGUGUGGAUGCUGGGUGCGCUGAGUGCGGGGCUGGUGCUGCUGGUCGCCCUUGCUGCGCUGCUGGCUGUUAAACUGAAACGAGAGAAGCGGAACUCUGAGACCCGGAUGUACCUCAUACCCGAGUCGCUGCCCCUGCAUAACUCCCGCCUGCCUGUGACCAGGAACAGUUACCUCCCCGCUGUUUGCGCCUUCUCUCCUCCCCAUGUCCGCCAAACACCUUCCGUCCCCCCAAUAUCGUCCCGCCAACGCCACCUGCGGCACCCAGACGUCUGUCCCCUGCGACCACGCGAGGUCUACCUCACCCCGAGCAUCCCGAAAUUCUUGCCCCCUGACCUCUGACCAUCGUGUUCAGUCCCACAACCCCUACACUGAGCGCGGGCUCACAGAGGGCGGACAGGGGCGCUGAGUCGCCAACAGAUCCAGCAUCCCUGACGACAGCAGCAGCGGCAUCCACGACACCGACCUCUACAACUCUGUGGCUGACUUCACGGAUGAGUCGGGUGGGAGUGUCGAUUCUGUGUCCACUUAGAGCUUUAUCUGAACACAGGUAGGUGGACUGCAUCAUGAACUCUGUGUGAACACAAGUAGGGGGAUUACAUCAUGAACAUAUUAUUAUUAUUAAACAGCAGAUGGGUAAAGACUGUUUACAUGAAAGUCAACAGUAAGCUAAGAACAAAGCUAGGCAGUAAUCAUGUAAACACAAUAAGUACUAGCUGACAUCAGACACUGUUUAUCUCAGAAGACAUUUAUAUUGUGUGUUAUUUAUAUUACAGCUAGUCCUGUACAUAAAGUGAUUUCUCAUUGAGAGAUGAUGAUUAUGACUAUGAUGAAGAUGAUGAUGAUGAUGAUGAUGAUGAUUAUGACUAUGAUUAUUAUUACUGUACAUAGUACUACAUAUCAGUGAGCACGUAUCACUGUCUGUGUGCACGUGGCUGACACUUGCCAGUCUACCUGUCCUCACCUGUCACCAGAACUUGUUCUCCACUGACUGAGCUGCUCACAAGAUGAACUGUCCACAGGCCGACAGUGUGUCCAGGUGUGACUGCAGUGCUGGAGGUGUGCUAGCAGGAUGAAGACAGACAGACAGACAGACAGACAGACAGACAGACAGACAGACAGACAGACAGACAGACAGACAGACAGACAGACAGACAGCCCACCUGACCAUCCUACUCUUACCAUGUGGAGGUUUCAGCAGUGGCAGACCUGUCUUAUGUUCAUCUUGUGUUCCUGUGAUGUUGACUUGUGCCAGUGAGCAUCGCCUCCUAAGUGACAACGAAAAAUAAACAAAGGAAUAAACAGAUGGUGGAGGAACAAAGGAAGAGAGAGAGAGGAAAAAAAGUACAAGGAACAGUCUUUAGUAACAUUCACGCGCGCACACAUAUGCACGGACACAGACAGAUACGCACACACGCACACAUAGAGACGCACGCACACACACGCACGCGCGCACACACACACACACACACACACACACACACACACACACACGCGCACACACACACACACACACACACACACACACACACUGUAACACCAUUGUGUAGGAAUAUUCGGGAUGCAGUUCGUGAUGAAGAGAGAGAGAGAAAAUAUGUUCAUCGCAAUUACGUUAUGAUUUGUCUAUGAAUUGUUAAAAUAAACUAAUAUUGCAAAUAGUGUGUUAGAUGUCUGUGUGUGUAUGCAUACCCUUGUGAGCAAAACAAAAAUUUCUGU